UGUUGGUUAAUGGCCUGUAUCAACUUGCAAGGUUCGGCAUGUCGCCCGAGAAGGGGAAAGGUUAUCAUUACGAGAUUCGGAGAGAGCAUUGGGAUUUCUACUUGCUAGAGAGCUGAAGAGCUCACAUCCGCUCCCGCACCUCCCAUUAUUCUCAUACAUUUCCAACUCUACAUCUUCAGUACCUUCAUCCUCAAUCUACUGUAUACUACACUUUUCUUCAUUAUGAAAUCUCACUUGUUCUCACUUCUGGUACUCAGCACCAGCAGGCGAUUCUAUGCCGCCGCCACCAGCACCCCCGAGUGGCAAUGGGACCCUGAGACAAUCGACUCCUGCAUCGAGUGGUACAACCACGAGCUCGGCGACAAGCCAUGCGAAUACGUCAGAGACUACUUCAACAUCAGUCCCGAGGACUUUACCAAGUGGAAUCCUUCUGUCCGUCUUGAUUGCAAACCUUGGAGGUACAACCAAUCCUAUUGUAUCGUGACCAAGGAGAGACUAGCUUCUUUCACAUCGACAAAAACAACUGCGCCACCCAGUACUACCACUUUCACCUCCUCAACCAGCACGUUAGGACCCUCUCCUACCGCUUGGAGCGCGCUAGGCUGCUAUGUCGACAACACCACAGCGCCAAUCCUCGAGGAGCGCGUUAGCAAGGAGGGUGGCGACGCAGCUUUGACAAUCCCCAAGUGUCAGAAUGCCUGCUUCCUCGCCCAAUUCCUGUUUGCAGGCGUCAAGGCGGGUAACGAGUGCUGGUGCAGCAGCUACGUCGCCGGCGAGUGGGCUCGCAAUCAGACCGAUUGCAAUGUGCCCUGUACCGGGAACAAGACCGAGAUCUGUGGUGGAAAGGCUCUGGUCAAUGUCUUUGAGCCUGAGACGGAUGACGAGUGGUUGAAGGAUGACAGCGAGACGAAGACGAAGGAUGAGAACAAGGCCGUCAGUGCUCAAACUUCUACUUCCGGGGCUAUGAGGAACCUCGCACUCUUCUAGUCUGUCUUGUGGUGGUGUUUACAAUUCCUAGGGCGAUGGUCGGCAGUAGGGUUAUAGAGUAAGAUAAAAUAUUAAUUGAGUGCGAAGAGAUUGAUCAGGUUGUCUUCUUUGAA